AUUUGGAUUAGGAUUUCUUUCCUAGAAUAAGUUUAAUUUUUCUUUUCACUCUAGGGUUAGAUUAUUAUAAAUACUCAGUCUAUGUAAUUCAUUAUGGAGUUGAGAUUUGAGAUAUUAAGAAAAAGUUUACUUUCCAGAGAUUGGAGACUCCUUGGUGUGAAGCCAAGGCGUCUUUUACCACCUAUUUUCUGUUUUUCCAUUGUUUUCACUUCCGCUAAAUUACCCAAAUACUCAAUUCACCCAUAUCCUACAUCAUAAUCUGUUCGUUUGAUUUGUAUUAUUGUUUGGUGGUCGAGUACAAUAUUGUAUCUGCUACAUGAAGCUGGUUGGUGCUUGACAUUUGUUUAUGGUGUUUUUUCUCAACUGUUUAUGUUAUUAGGCUUCAUUAUCUGGUUUGUGGAUUUUAUCAGUUCCAUGUGAUUCGUUCCCUUCAAGCGAAAUUAAUAAGUGUUGCUUUCCAUAAUUGUUACCUCAACAUUUAGAGAACAAAAACGAGUUUAAUGGAGUCGAAACAAGCCAAACCCGGCCUACUGUGCAACCCUGAAGCCUCUCAGAGAACCCCUGUACCCAUAUGUAACUGGUACAUCUGUGGUGGCUCUGAAGUACAAAGAUGGAAUUUUGAUGGCUGCUGAUAUGGGAGGUUCUUAUGGGUCUACCCUGCGAUACAAGAGUGUGGAACGAAUGAAGCCUAUUGGAAAGCAUUCUCUUCUUGGUGCAAGUGGAGAAAUAAGUGACUUUCAAGAGCUAUUAUGUUAUCUUGAUGAGCUCAGCCUAUAUGACAACAUGUGGGAUGAUGGCAACUCUUUGGGACCUAAAGAGGUCCACAACUAUUUGACCCGUGUGAUGUACAAUAGGCGUAACAAGUUCAAUCCACUGUGGAAUUCUCUUGUCCUUGGUGGAGUGAAAAAAGGACAGAAGUACCUUGGCAUGGCUAGCAUGAUUGGUGUAAAUUUUGAGGACAAUCAUGUAGCUACAGGAUUUGGAAAUCACCUUGCACGGCCUAUUCUUCGUGAUGAAUGGCAUGAGAACUUGACUUUUGAAGAGGGUGUAAAGCUACUGGAGAAAUGCAUGCGUGUCCUUCUGUAUCGUGAUCGCUCUGCUGUCAACAAGCUUCAGAUUUCCAAAAUCACUGAAGAAGGUGUAACCAUCUCUCAGCCCUACUCUUUGAAGACUUUCUGGGGUUUCUCUGCUUUCGAAAAUCCAACAUUGGGUGCUGAAGGAUCAUGGUAGUUGAAUAGAGGCAUGGCUUCUGAACAUGAAACUGCCAACUAGGAGCUAAGUUGAACUUUAAUGUGUUUCUACAGUUAUUGGAACCAAGAAUUUGUAACAAUGUUGACUCGAAUAUAGCUGGUUGGCUUUUGAGAAACGUUUUAGCUAUAAUACCCAUCGUUUAAUUAAAUUUGGUGUUGCAGCA